UGAACAGUAAAGUCACAACAAGAGUUUGAAAUAUUUUGAAGGAUCUUACUUUAUUCCCGUUAUUUUUUGUGAUAUUGUGCGGAAUUAUUUUUCGCGAAAAAAAGUAAAAGAAGAAGACAGAAAAAGAGGAAAACCUGUUGUUAAGUGCUGUUAAAAAAUAAAUUAAAAACAAAACAAAAAAUAUUCGUGAAAAGGGUUUCACCAAACAAAAACAUCAUAAUGGCAUUACUGUAUAAUUUGAUGACAUUAAGCGUGGUUUCGACAAUUUUGCUACAGACGACAUGUUAUGCGGGGCCUGCGGGACAAAUUGCAUUAGCAGCUGCGCGUGCAUCGAAGGUUCCUCGUUCGAUACGUGCAUCAUUUCGCAAUCCAGAAAUUGGAGUAGCACGUGGUUUUGGAAAACGAUCGCAAACACAGGCGGGACAAACAUCAACAAGCGAGUUGCCCUGGAGCUACAGCAGAAAAGAGGAUGCUAAAUGGUUGGAAGACGUCGAAGAACACGAACCAUUCCAACAACUUUUGCGAGAGUCGCCAGAAGGAAUUCCCGUAGAUUGGCUCGCCGGCGAAAUGGCAUCUAAUCCAUAUCUUGCUCGUGCAAUCCUUCGACGAUUAGUUGACUUGAACAGAGAUGGAUAUUUGUCUGCUUUGGAGUUGAUGUCGCCCAUAUCUCUUGUCGAUGGCAAUGUUGUUGACUCAUAUUAAGGAAAUACGUUUUUUGAACAGUUUUUUAUUUAUUUAUUUAUUAUUUUAUAAAAAUACUGUUUUGCUUGUAAAAAAAUAUUUACGUUUAAUAUGGUUUCUUCAUAAUUAAAAACAUUUAUUUGUGUCAAACUUUUAUUUAUAAUAAUUUUUCAUAUGGAAAUGCAUUGUACAAAGUAGUUAUAACUCAAAAAAAUUGGCUGGAAAUUAUUUGGUACGAUCCAUUUCCAACAAAACAUGUACAUUUCCACAAAAGCUCACCUGUAGUUUGUGAGAACAAUUUAAGAGAAUAGUCUGAAUUCAUUAGACGAGAAACUGAAUGCUUCUUCAAUUCAAGUUCUAAUGAAGAGAUACUUUCCGAGAAUCAAAAUUAACUUAAAAAAAUUGAAGAAGAAAAUCAAAAAUAAUAAUUUUUUGAACAUCAUUGUUGUGUACUAUAAAAUUUUAACAAAAAGUUUCGCUAUAUAUAUAAAAGUUAUCAAAACAUAUACAGCACUCGUAUGUUUUCCAUCAAUAUAAUAUAUACACAUACAAAAAUACAAAACACAUAUAUCUAAAAUGUGCUAACGUUUUAUUAUACAUAUAAGUUUAAAAUAAACGAA